CAAAUGUCGCCUCCUCCUGGACCCUACUCCGGCACCAGCACUCUCGCCUUGGUGGCUCGUGCUUCAGCCUUCACGUUUGGAGUCGUCUAUGGAAAUUUGAAGCUUAAGUAUCUUAAGGCCAGAAUAUUGCAAAACCCAUUCUGGCUACGUAUCCUUCUCAAAUGUCUCAAACGGCCCUGCUUCUGAUCAUUCCGUUGUGAAGAUAUCAAGUAGGAGUCAUGUGUUUGUGCAUGACUAUCAGAGGCCUACUUACAAAUCCUGGG